UUCCUGUUCGCCGAUAGUGGGUUCGACGUCUGGGCCAUGAGUAACAGGGAGUCAAGGCCCUACACAAACAGCACGAGAUUUUCGCAACGGGACCCCAAGCACUGGCAAUGGAGCUUCGACGAAUUAGGGCGCUACGACUUGGCUGCUUGCAUCGACCACGUUCUUAAGGCCACGGGCUCCCCCAAACUGACAACGGUGGCUCUCUCUCAGGGAGUAAUGGCGAACCUCGUACUGCACUCUGUACGGCCAGAGUACAACAAUAAGGUAGACCUUCUUGUGGCGUAUGGCCCUGUCGGAAAUCUCACCCACAUCAGGCCUCCAACUUCGCUACUAAUACCGUUUGUCCCUUCUCUCAUGAAAAUAGUCUACCCGUUCACAGAUGCAGGCUACCUCGGUACUACUAAAGCCCUCAGGGCAUUGAUCUCGACAGCGUGCCAUCUCUUUGGAGGCGCGCUCUGCGCGCUCGGCUUCACGCUAAACGACUUCUGCAGCCCGGAACAAUUCAACAAGACUCGCAUUCCAGUGUACAUGGGUCACAUGCCAAUGGGGACAACUGUGCAAAACCUUCUUCAUUUCCACCAGCUCUACAAAGCCCGAAAUUUCGUCAUGUACGACCACGGUCCAACCGAGAAUCUUCGGCGAUAUGGACAGAGGACGGCCCCACCAUAUCCACUGGAACGCAUACGUUUACCAGUGGCCUUGUUUUGGUCACAUGGAGACACCUUGGCUGGAGCGAGCGACGUGUCGACAAUGGCUGCCGCUCUUGGUUCGAACGUCAUAAUGAACUACGUGGUUCCUGUGCCGACCUUCCGCCACCUAGACUUCGCCACUGGAUAUAGGGCUAAUGAUAUCGUACAUAAUGUUGCCCUGGAACUCAUUCGAAGUCGCAUUGACCCUUAAACCGUCAAAGGAAUGCAACUUAACAGUAAAAAUAUAGAUACAUUAACGUGUUCUUUGA